AGAUACAAACUCUCUCUCACUAAAAUCCAGCUCUCACUCCCAACUCACCCCCCCUCUUCUUCUAUCUCUUUGAAUCUGACUCCUUCUUCCUCUUCAUCCUCCUCCUCCUCCUCCCCCUCGGUCUUCAUCCUCUUCCCUUAUUCUCUACCCUUCUCUCACCUUAUCCUACACUCUCAUCACAGCCACCUCCACCAACCCACCUCCAUUUUCACCAAAAUGGGCAAAGGUGGCUCUCUCAGCGAAGGCGUCAUCAGAAAGAUCCUCCUUUCCUACACCUAUGUCGCGAUUUGGAUCUUCCUCAGCUUCACCGUCAUCGUCUACAACAAAUACAUCCUCGACAAGAAGAUGUACAACUGGCCCUUCCCAAUCUCCCUCACCAUGAUCCACAUGUCCUUCUGCGCCUCCCUCGCCUUCGUCCUCGUCCGCGUCUUCAAGCUCGUCGAGCCAGUCACCAUGUCCAGAGAUCUCUACAUCUCUUCCGUGGUACCCAUUGGAGCUCUCUACUCUCUCUCCCUCUGGCUCUCCAAUUCUGCUUACAUCUAUCUCUCUGUGUCAUUUAUUCAAAUGCUUAAGGCGCUCAUGCCUGUGGCCGUUUACUCAAUUGGGGUUUCGUUAAAAAAAGAGAGCUUUAAGACUGAUACCAUGGUGAACAUGGUCUCGAUCUCAAUUGGGGUCGCCAUUGCUGCUUAUGGGGAGGCUCGAUUUGACACCUGGGGUGUGAUUCUGCAGCUGGGUGCUGUUGCUUUUGAGGCCACAAGGCUGGUCCUGAUCCAAAUCUUGCUCACAUCUAAAGGCAUCACCUUGAACCCAAUUACCUCUUUGUAUUAUGUUGCUCCUUGUUGCUUGGCUUUUUUGUUUGUGCCUUGGAUCUUUGUUGAGUACCCAAUUUUGAGGGACUCUUCCAGCUUCCAUUUUGAUUUCCUGAUCUUUGGGACCAAUUCUCUCUGUGCAUUUGCUUUGAAUCUGGCUGUUUUCUUGCUUGUUGGGAAGACCUCUGCUUUGACCAUGAAUGUGGCUGGUGUGGUGAAAGAUUGGCUUUUGAUUGCUUUCUCUUGGUCUGUCAUUAAGGACACUGUGACCCCAAUCAACUUGUUUGGUUAUGGCCUUGCAUUUUUGGGUGUUGCCUAUUACAACCACUCCAAAUUGCAGGCUCUUAAGGCCAAGGAGGCGCAGAAGAAGACGGCACUGGCCGAUGAGGAGGCCAAUAGGCUUUUGGAGGACAGGGAAGGUGAAGGAAUUGGGAAAAGGAACGAAUCCCAGAAUUGAUCUUCAAGUCCUAAAAUUGAUUUAGGGACUCAUUUGAGCUAGAUUAUGAUAAUAAGAACAAAAUGGGAGAGGUGGUGGAAGAGCAUAAGAUGGGUUCGAUUUGGAGGCAAAAGAAAUCAUGAGGUCCAGUUUUCUUUUGCUUCCUGAGAUGAGGAAUUCGGGUUCGGUAUGUUGUUCUAGAUUUCGGUUUCUAUGCUAGCAGUAUUAGUAAUGUUAAGGGAUUUGAGAUUCGCAGCUGUUGCUUAUACUGCCCAUCAUGUAUGUUCGUAAGAAUCUCAGAUGCCUGUUUUUUGUCUUUGAAUUUUCCUUUUUAUUUGUAUUUGUGUAGGAACUCCUUAUUAUGAAGCUUUAAUGCUUAUUUAUUCUAUUCAUUAUCUUUCUGUCUAA